AUGAAGGGCAUGAAUCAAAUUGGCAAUAUCUUGAAUACCAUGAAGAGUAGAGGAAAGUUUACUAUGAAGCUCCUCUAUGAUCAGUUGUCCAAGGAUGCUGAAACUGUGGAUUGGAGCCAUAUUAUUCAGCAUAAUGCUGCGCGUCCUAGAGCAGUGGUCUGUCUUUGGCUUGUGUAUCAUAGUAGGCUGGCGACAAAGAGCAGGCUCAAACGGUUAGGACUGCUGCAGGAGGAUUCGUGUAGCCUGUGUAACGAGCAUGUGGAGGAUAUUGACCACCUGUUGAUAAAUUGCAGUGUUACAAAGCACGUCUGGAAGGAGGUUUUGGACUGGCUUGAGGUGAAGCAUAAGCCGGGUCAAUGGCAAGAGGAGAAAAAGUGGAUUGUUCAAAAUACGAAAGGGAAAGGAUACCAUAUAUUCUUACAUGAUGAAAAUCGCAAUUGCCGAGAAUGUGUAUGGUAUAUGGAUGUAUCGCAACAAGAGCGUUUUUGUUUCAGGUGCCAAUGA